CAUUUAGGGCCCAUUAGUUUGGUGCUUAUAAGACCUAGUACUACCGAUGAAAGACUUGUGUCCGAGAUUCGUAAGAGAGGAUGUCGGGGAACGAUGCGGCGAAGACAACUAAAAUAGGGGUGUGGUGGGACAUGAAGGACUGUCCGAUUCCGGAGGGGUAUGAUGCUCGUCGGGUCCGUCCAAGUAUAGAAAAGGCGUUCAGAAAACGAGGCUACACAGGUCCAGUCCCAAUCACCGCCUAUGGCGACCAAACACAAACUCCUUGCCACGUCCUGCGAGGGCUGUCUUCCACUGGAGUCGCUGUUACACAUACCACAUCCGAUAGCACGCGCUCAGUUAUGUAUGGGGAUAUGGUGGAAUGGCGUGGUCAAAAUCCACCUCCGGCUACAAUUAUGAUCAUAUCCGAUCAGGUGGAAGGUGACUUGUCUUGGGAUCUGGCCCGGCUACAACAGCGCACUAGAUACAAACUUUUUCUGGCUUAUUCAAGCAAGCCUUGCGAUGAUUUGUUCCUGAACUAUAAUGCAAAUUGGCGCUGGGAAAAAUUACUAAAAGAAGAAGAAGAAGGCGCACCAACAUCUGCUGCCGUGUUUUAUUGCAAAACGUGCAAUUUCAUUUGCCAAUGCGUGGAGAAUUUCAGGAAGCAUCUCUCGAGUGAUGAGCAUGUACUGGAAGAGGCUAUAGACCCUCCGGACACACGACUGUCAUGUGUAACGAAGACGUGGGGGAGGAACUACCCGGCCACGCCUGAACACGCCACAGCUAAAAUACAUGUCUUGUGGGACAUGGAUGACUGCCCUAUUCCUGAGGGGUAUGAUGCUCGUCUGGUCCGUCCAAGUCUAGAAAGGGCGUUCAAGGAACUAGGCUACUCUGGUCCUGUCUCCAUCACUGCCUUUGCCGACCAUAAAGACAUCCCUGAUCACCAACUUCUAGCGCUCUCUUCCUCUGGAGUCGAGUUUGCACAUACCCCUCCCUGGGUCCAUUACAAUCGCAUGAUUACAGAAUUUGAGGAAUGGACAGAAGAUAAUCCUGCUCCGGCUACAAUUAUGAUCAUAUCGGAUUAUGUGGCUUCCAGCGAGUCCACUUCAGCUCUUAUUUGCAUUCAACUACAGAAGAGUAACUACAACUGUUUUUUGGCAUAUUCAGCUAGGCCUUUUGAAUUGCCCGUCCUGCUCACUUCUGCAGAGUGGCUCUGGGAAAGCUUACUUGCAGUUUCAAAGACAAAUAGACACAUUCUUCAGAAGUGCAGUGGAAGUGAAAGAGUUGUUGAAUCUGGUAUGUUAUCUUGCCUAUUGUGUAUCUUUGAUUGCGAAACCCUCGAUGAAUUCAAAGAGCAUCUCUCAAGUAAAGAACAUACAAAGGAGGACAACAUGAUGAAUUCGCAUUUUCAAUCUGCCCAUGUCCACCGAAGGCUAAAUAAAAUAGCUAACUACUAUCAUAAGGCAAGAUAUCCUCCUCCCAAGACCAAGCGUAAGAGGGAGGAUAGCACCCUGGAAGGAUUUUCUCCCUAGGCCAUUACGUUUUUUUUUUUAACCUUGUGUAUCAUUAAGCCACAUGGCAAAAAAAGUCCAGAAUGUUGCAAAAAAAAACAAAACAAGAGAUCAUACGAAUAAAUGUCAUACGAAUAAA